AAUAGAUAUGCCAACUUGGUUUGAAUUAUUAUCUCCUUUUUUAAUCGGAGGUAUAUCAGGAUGCACAGCCACAACCUUCGUCCAACCAAUGGAUACUGUGAAAGUCCGUAUUCAAGUCCGAAGCGAACUCAAAGGACAGGGCCAGAGCAUCAAUGUCAGCACAAUUGACAUCGUAAAAGACAUCAUCAAAACUGAAGGACCAUUCGGAUUCUACAAAGGGUUAAUUAUAAUAGUAUAUCAUUAGAAUUGGAGCUGCCUUGUUGAGACAAGUCACCUAUGCCACAACUCGUUUGGGAUUAUAUAGAGCCAUCGAUGAUCAUUACAAAAGAACACAUGGCAGAAGCAUGAUCUUCUGGGAAAGAUGUUUAGCAUCCUCAUUUUCUGGCUUCGUUGGAUCCAUUGUUGGAAAUCCAGCAGAUUUGUGUUUGGUUAGAUUUCAAGCUGACACCCUCUUACCAGAAGCCCAAAGAAGAAAUUAUAAAAAUGUUUUUGACGCUCUCUAUAGGAUUGUUAGUGAGGAGGGACUCAUCACUCUCUGGAGAGGAUCAUUGCCAACAGUCAUCAGAGCCAUUGCUAUGAACUUAAGUAAUCCAACAAUUUAUUUUAUUUUAGGCAUGCUAACAACCUACGAUCAGAUCAAAGACAUCAUCGUGUCUCUCCAUGGCAAAGGAAAGGAAGACUACAUGGACAAAUUACUGUAUCUAAUUUCCCGUAAUCACAUAGAUCCUCUGCUGCAGCUGGUAUCGGAUGUGCCAUUGCCUCUUUGCCUCCUGACAAUCUCAAAACCAAACUUUAAAGAAUGAAGAAAGAUCCCACCACUGGACAAUUCCCUUACAAAAACAUAGGAGACUGCUUCUUGAAGGUAAAGCCAAUCUUAAAUUCUAGACUAUCUAAAGAGAAGGUGUUACUGGGUUAUGGGUUGGAUUGCCAGUCUUUUACACAAGAGUCGGGCCUCACGCUAUGAUUACUCUGUUAGUCUAAGAUACAUUGACUUAAAUGUGGAAUCCUCCAAAGAAGAAAAAUUGAUAUUAAUCUAACAAUUAUCACAUUAGAUCACAAUUCUUAAC